ACCUAGUUGAAAAUAUUUUACAAACUGUUUUGCACUGCUGAAUAGUUUUUGAAAUUUGGAAAAGCAAACUCAAACAAAAAUACUAACACAUUUAAUCAGUUAUUGAACUAAAAUAUAUUGUAAAACCUUGAUUUACGCAUGUCUUGCAAAAAAAAAAAAGGAAGCAAAAACAGAGCAUAUGCUUGAUCUUCUUCUCAUUCAUUGCUUUAUAACACCAAAGAAAGUAGCUUUAUCUGUGCUACUUGAUGACCCCAUAUCCAUGACUCACCCAUUACCACAAAGCUCCUCAAGUCACAACAGAGCUUUUGUGUUUUAACUGCCACUUGUCUCUUUGUCUUCCCCUUUAAAUAACCAUCUUACCACACAGGUUUCAUCAUCACCAUCACUCACAAUCUCUCAAGAUCAAGAUUAAGAUUCAAGAUUCAAGAUCACUACUCAAUCCUCCAAGAUGACAUUGAGCACAGUCCACCAGCAAAUUCUUGCAUUACCAGCAGUCAAGACUGCUCCUGGAGGUUCCUUGCCUGAUCCAGCUUCCAUAAACAAGCUUCAAAUCCCAUCUCCUUCCAAGAAGUCUGAACAAAGCAAGAAAAAAUCGAUUCUCCGAACCAAUGGCUUCACCAAUGGAACUAAAGAUCAAAGCAAUUUAGGACCUAAGCUAACUGAAACAGUCAAGAGAAAGCUAUCUCUAGGAGCUAAGAUAAUUCAAAUGGGAAGCUUAGAGAAGAUCUACAAGAGGCUCUUUAGAGUCCACGACGAAGAGAAACUCUUCAAGGGCUACCAAUGUUACCUAUCAACAACCGCAGGUCCUAUCGCAGGCUUACUCUUCAUCUCAUCAAAGAAGAUUGCUUUCUGCAGCGAGAGAUCUAUCAAAGUGGCUUCUCCUCAGGGAGAUCUCACCAGGGUUCACUACAAAGUGUCAAUCCCUCUGUGCAAGAUCAAGGGAGUGAACCAGAGUAUGAACACAAAGAAGCCAUCUCAGAAGUACCUUGAAGUAGUCACGGUCGACGGCUUCGACUUCUGGUUCAUGGGGUUCUUGAGCUACCAGAAAGCUUUCAAUUGUCUCGAGCAGGCGCUAAACAAUAAUUAGGAGAGAGCCUUAGAAAGAGACAGACAUUAUAUUGUACAAACACACAUUGUUUUCAAGUGGUGAAUAUAUAUUUUAGCUGAUCCUAUAAACAUACA